AUGGCUAGUCAAUCCGCUUUAUUCCAGGAGCUAAGACCGUUAUGUGUGGAUCUUUCACGACAAGCUUUUCUACCACCCAAUACAUUUGAUCCUAGUUCUCUUACGCUGCUGAAUGCACUAAAGAGAUUAGAAUCCAAAUUGACAUUUUAUCAUGACGAAUCCCUUUCACAAAAAUUGGCAGAAUACGUCUUUGUUCCUAUUGUGAGUCUCUUAAAACAAAGUGGACUUGGCGAUUCUCAAACUGAGUAUGUAUUAAGAAUAAUCACACACCUGCUGCGACUAAGCUGGAGGUCCAAGGGAACUUUUGCCAAAGAAUUAGCAGAGCAGUUAUUACCCCUGGUAACUUUCCUUAUAAGCCAAGAUAAAGAGAAUUCGAAGAUCAGUGAAAAACCCUUAGAGUAUAAAAGUGCAGGAUGUGGGGUUCUGCUCCAAUUCUUUACUUCCCUCAGAGACCAAUCUUAUAAAUUUCAAUUCUUCUCUUCAUCAAAACCCAAGAGUCUUCUCAGUCUGGGACAUUGUAUUACGAUACUGCUAGGACUUUUGGAAUCUACCUCUCAAGAUCCUCAGACACAAAUACAGGCAUUAGAAGCCCUACGAAUUCUUUAUCAGGAGAUUAUAGGUGAUGGUGAGAUAAUUUCAUUUGUAUUGCCAGGUAACGUUUCAAGUUUUGUCAAAGUAUUCUUAUCUCCAGGUGUUAACGUUAACUACAAAGUUGUGGUCAAAACUUUACAAGUUUUAAGUAUCAUCUUGAGGAUGGUAUAUGAUGACUUUACCUUGGAUGCUCAUAGGUCUCGAUUCACAGAUGUAAAUGAAUUAAUUACCUUCAAAGAGGAACAUCCAGAUGUGGAUGUCAAUAGGCGCAUAGAAAUGCAUUUAGAAAGUCCUUCUCAACAUAGAAGUCUAAGUUGGCUUCUAGGGACAUCCUCACAAGUGAAAAGAGCUCUUGACAGCUUCAUUCCAAAAUUACUUAAAAGACAAAAUCAAGAGAUUACAGAUGCCCUCACAGAUUUCACAUCAAAUCUACUCAAACAUUCUAAGAACUCUCUAAGCAACUGUCAAUAUUCUUUAGUGUCAACUCUAGUAAGCCUAAGGAGAGAUCCAUACAGUCAACUUCCGGAACAUCUCGAGUACCUGCAACAACUAGUCGAAGGGAAAGCAGGCAAGCUCAACAAUAUUAUCAAAUUAGAAAAUGAACAAGAGCUGUUAUCGCUGAGCUAUGCCUUAGAUAUUUUGGUUCAAUGUGAUCCCACUAAAGAUUUUUCAUUACUCAAAGACAUCGGCGGCAAUAUACUUGAGGCUCUAGAAUCUGAUAUCACCAGCACUCUAUCAAGGAGGCGCAAUUUCAAAAUCACAGAACAGAGCAGCAAUGUUAUCCUUGCCGGUGAUUUGGAGGCAGAAAUCGUUCAUUGUCAGGAUUCAGUGGCAAUUUUACCUACAAUGUCAAAAAGGUUGGAAGAUACUAUAGGUAAACUGUUAAUGUCCGCUGGUAGGAUGGCAGGUCAAGAGAGUCAACUUUCACUGCUCAUUGAGACCACUCUAUCUGAACAGUCAUGCUCAAAUACCAUACGAAAGACGUUGGCACUUUGGUCCAGUGCCUGGGCCAUUAGGGGACUAUACAAUGGACAGCAAUCAAAUAAUGAAAUGAAUGCUUUCUUAGACACAGGUGAAGACGAGGAAUAUACAUAUGAACCUUGUUAUGCCAUUCUCGAUUUUUGUAAUGGACUGGCUCAAGAGUUAACCGUGGUGCAAGAAGGCAGAUCAAUGUCACUUCAAGAGGAAACAGUCUUAAGUGUUGUACUUUUUACUAUUGAAUCUGUGUGUCAAGUAAUGCACAAGGAUUUUGAACCGGAACUAAUUGAAUACUUGUACACAACCGUAGAAAACUUGGCUUCUCCUUCCCCCAUAGUACGCCAUUUCGCCCAAUCAUGUUCACUGACGAUUUCUCAGACACUUUACAAUGGUUCUAUACAGCAAAUGCUACUAUCUAACGUGGAUUAUCUGGUGGAUUCCAUUUCUACAAGGUUGAACUUGGGUAUGACAGAAAGAGUUAGCGCGGUAUUCGCGGUUAUCUGCAAAAUAGCUGGAUAUGAAACGAUAGAAACGUUUAAAGACGUGAUAGAAACUAUUUUCAAAAUGCUGGAUUACUACCAUGGUUAUGAUGAAUUGUGCAUUCAAUUCUUCCAAUUAUUUGAAGUCAUUAUCUUGGAAAUGAAAAAAAGAUUUCUUCAAGUAGACGAACAGUUGACUUUAGGAAGCGAUCAUUUAGUAACCAAUGCCUAUUCUCCCUGGGGUAUGACGAAUGUUAAGCAAUUAGUUAGUAUUCUAGGCAAACCCAAUCCCGAGGAUGAACCACUAGUUGAUGAAUAUACCAAGGAACCAUCCUCUUUCCAAGAAUAUUUCGAUUCCAAGAUCCAGGAGGCAGACAGUGACGAUGAAGACGAGGAACAUGCAGAGGAAGAAGGUACAGAAAUGGAGCCCCUAGCUCCCAAAGAAAAAUGGUCUUCCCCAAUUCCGCUAGAUUCAUACAGAAUAUUGUUGGAAGUAUUCCACUACGGCGAUCGACUAUUGACACACCCAUCCAAACCCCUGCGCGUACAAAUCCUUCAAGUAAUGGAACUCAUUGUACCAAUGCUUUCCACGCAGUACAAUUCGAUGUUGCCUCAAAUAGCUAAUGUCUGGGAAUCCGUCGUUCAGUGUACUUUAAGUUCGGAUUACACCAUUGUAAAGCCUGCUUGCUUAUGUCUACGAAAAAUAAUCCAUUAUUCUGGCGAUUUCGUAGCUAAAAGAUUUUUCGAGUUAUGGGAUCGUUGGUGCCAAGGAUCCAGUCUUUUGAAAGAGGUGAGAGUUGCCAGGAGUGGCGGCAGUGGUAAAGCGGAAGUUGGAAAUUCUCAAAUGAGUACACAUCGCAAGUUCCCUCCAGUGACAAAAGAUGCUCUAGUAGCACUAGCGGGUUUACUUCUUGAAGGUAUCACCGUCACCGAAUUAAUGCUACCAGAUACAACUUUGACAGACAUGUUAUACUGUUGCAUACAAGUCAUACCAGCUGACACGGUAGCAGAAACAUCUCUGCUUCUAGCAGAUGUCGUAUGGACUUUAAAAGACACUAACUAA